AUGUCUAACAACAGUCAGAGCAUGAGCUUCCAGGCUGGCCAAGCUAAAGGCCAAACCCAGGAGAAGGCAAGUAACGUGAUGGACAAGGCCUGCAAUGCUGCCCAAUCUGCUAAGGAAUCAAUUACAGAGACUGGACAGCAGAUGAAGCAGAAGGCACAAGGUGCGACUGAUGCCAUUAAGGAAAAGACCGGCAUGAACAAAUGA